GAACCAAACAAUGUAAUGACAAUAAAGCUGAAUGGAAUCUAAUCAUUCCAUACCUGAGGGCGUCGCAGGUCAGCUACGUUACUGUGUGACAGUGUGGUCCAAAUACCUGAUAAUACCAAUAAAAACCUCAGCCACACCUUACUGUUGAGUUUAUUUCAGUUUCUGUUUAAUCAUAUGAGGGUUAGCAGCUACAGGUAAAAACUGACAUUUUGAUGCUCCUUAGAGGAGUCUGAACAUGAGGCUUUGGGGCCCCUGGUGGCUCGGGGGCCUUAAGCAAUUGCCUAGUUUCCCUUUAGCAAGAAAAAGAUUUUAGUUUGUCCAUCUUCAUUCUGCCCUCUUGCUGUGGCAGUUAACAACAUAUUUCUUUAAUCGAUUAACAAGUAAAUGAACAUACAGUCUUUCUCAUCUAUUUCCUGGACUCUUACCUCCUCAGCAACUAACUUAUUUCUUCUGUCUCAGUAUUGUCGUUUGUCUGCUUCCUGUUCCCUCUCUGACCAUCACAGACUGCCUGACCCGAACGAUCAUCUUAUUCCAACUAUGUUAAAACACUUAAACAACAUUAUAACAUCAACUAUUUAACAUUUAAAAGACAUUUGUGUGAAUCAUGUAAAUGUUUCCACUGUACAUAAACCCACAAACACCCCAGGUGAUGAGGCCUCAUUUGGGAUUUCAUUUAAAGUUGUUUCAAAAAUGCACACACGUGUGCGCAUGUGUCUUCUCUGCACAAAUGUUGAGAGAAUUCCUGCUUGUCCAGAUCAAUACCGGGGAAGUGUUGCUCAUAACUGCAGGUUCCAGAGGGAGACGCUGCUCAUUGUUCAGCUGCAGCCAAUCAGCUGGAUAAGUGAAUUAAAGUGUGUGUGUUCGAGUGCACACGAGUGUGUGGGAGGGGGGUAAUGAAAGAGGAUGAUCCAGCUGGGGCUCUGAUCGAUCAAUGGGGAGGGGGCAGCAGCAGAAAGCCUUCUCUCCCUUGUGCUUCACCUCAGAAGCACACAAACACGACAUGAGAGGACGCCGACAGCAGCUGCUUUUACUUUCAAACUUAGCCUCUAUUUUCACGGAUUUCUCUGAAGAUGAUGCCUCUCUGCCCACCGAUGCUGCUGAUGUGUGCCGUCAUGGUGGCUGCGCGCCUGAAGGCGGCCAGGGUGCUGAGUGGUCAGACCGUAUGCUUGGAUGGUCCACAGCAUCCCUGCUACAAAAUUGCAUACUUUCAUGACGUAUCAAGCCGUGUUUCGUUCAAAGAAGCUCAGCAGGCCUGUGAAACGGACGAAGGGGCGCUGCUAAGCAUCAACAGUCCAUCUGAGCAGAAAAACAUUGAACACCUGCUGCAGGCUCUUUGGUCGGGAGCGAUGGGCGGGGCAAGAGGGAGAGCCGGAAAGGCAGAUGGAGAUUUCUGGAUCGGUCUGACACGGGAGGGCGGGGCUAAUCAGACUCAGUCAGACCUCAGUUCUCUGGCCUUCUGUUCACAGCUCUACUACUGGACAGAUGGCAGUGCGGCUUCCUUCAGGAACUGGUAUUUUGAUGAGCCUUCCUGUGGGAGCGAGGCCUGCGUAGUCAUGUACCACCAGCCGACUGCGCAUCCGGGUCUGGGCGGAGCUUAUCUCUACCAAUGGAAUGACGAUCGCUGCAACAUGAAACACAACUUCAUCUGCAAGUAUGAUCCAGAGAGCCUGCGGGUUAAGGAGCACAGCCACGGCCCAGCAGGGCGAGACACAGCAUCCACAGCACGGGGCAGAGGGGUAACUCUUUCUGCAGACGGUGAGGAUGCCCCCACAAAGGUUCCCGUGGCUGGAGCUUCAGGGCUGUUGCUGCUGUACGUUGUCAUUCCCACAAUCCCACUUUUGCUGCUCAUCCUGGUGGCCUCUGGCACGUGUUGUUUCCAGAUGAUGAGCCGGAGCUACUCCUCCAAAACCCCCCCUGACCCGUCUGCCCUGUGGAUCUCCAGAAGGCCGAAAGCCGACAGCAUGGAGGUGUGAGACUUCCGCCUGAAGUGACGGUGGAUCUGUUCGUCCUCUUAAGCUCCUCCUCCAACAGCUUAGCUCUUACUUCAUGCUUCUGUCCGUUUUACCUCCUUCACUCCCUUCCCUCACUUUUGAAGGCCCUACUUUCACUGAUGCAUUAAAAGGAUUUUAGCUACU